UGUUCCAUUAUUAUGGCCUCCAUUGUUCCUUAUCUCUUCCACUCCCAGCUCUCCCUAUUCCUUCAUUGGACCUUCCACCCGUAGCUUCUCUUUUUCUUUAUUAUCAUUUCUACGAAGAAAAAAAUGCCUAAAACUCAACCAAUUAAAUCUUAAUCAUCACCUUCUAUGUACAAAACUUAGCCUAUUUCUUCGAGUUUGAGUUUUUAAGUUAUCUUAAUUCGAUCGUUUGGAAUCAAGAACCUUGAAAAUCAUGAAGAGGGAUCAUCAAGAAAGUUGUGUUGGUGGCACAGGCUGCGGUGUUGGUGGUGGUGCUGGGGGAAGCAAUAUCAAAGGUGAAAGUUCAUCUAAGGCGAAGAUGUGGGAAGAUGAGCAGGAUGCAGGAGGAAUGGAUGAGUUACUGGAGGUUUUGGGUUACAAGGUCCGGGCUUCAGACAUGGCUGAUGUGGCGCAGAAACUUGAACAGUUGGAGAUGGUGAUGGGCACUGCUCAAGAAGAUGGGAUUUCGCAUCUCGCCACUGACACUGUUCAUUACAAUCCCUCCGAUCUCUCUGGUUGGGUUGAGAGUAUGCUAUCAGAACUCAAUAACACUACUUUUGAUACACAACCUCGCCCAACUCAAGAUCCCGCCCAAUCUUCCACCUUCAACCCAAUACAACAGACUUCCAAUCCAUCAAGAGUCUUCAACGAUGAUUCCGAGUACGAUCUCAGAGCAAUCCCCGGCGUUGCAGCGUACCCACCACAACCCGAUACAGAAACCGAAAACAACCGCAACAAGCGGAUUAAAACCUCGAUUUGCCCUAAAAGAGCAUCAGGUAGCGGACUUUCUGGUUCAAUUCCUGAGUCAACUCGUCCCCUGGUGGUGGUUGAUUCGCAAGAAGCGGGGGUUCAACUCGUCCACACACUUUUAGCAUGUGCAGAAGCAAUUCAGCAAGAUAAUUUGAAACUGGCUGACGCGCUCGUGAAGCACAUAGGAUUACUCGCGGCAUCGCAGGCAGGCGCUAUGAGAAAAGUUGCCACCUAUUUCGCCGAGGCUUUAGCGAGGAGAAUCUACCGAAUUUACCCUCAAGAUGCUCUUGAAUCAUCCUACAACGACAUCCUUCAGAUGCACUUCUACGAGACCUGCCCGUACCUAAAGUUCGCUCAUUUCACGGCUAAUCAGGCUAUUCUCGAAGCCUUUGCCACCGCUAAUCGAGUCCACGUCAUCGAUUUCAGUCUUAAACAAGGUAUGCAAUGGCCCGCUCUAAUGCAAGCUCUAGCAUUAAGGCCCGGUGGCCCGCCAGCUUUCCGUUUGACGGGCAUCGGUCCACCUCAGCCCGACAACACCGACGCCUUGCAACAAGUGGGAUGGAAGCUGGCCCAAUUAGCCGAAACCAUUGGCGUUGAAUUUGAAUUCCGCGGAUUCGUUGCCAACAGCUUGGCCGAUCUUGAACCUGAAAUGCUCGAUGUACGACCCGAAGUUGAAACCGUCGCGGUUAACUCCGUCUUUGAACUUCAUCGUCUCUUGGCUCGUCCCGGUGGGAUCGAAAAGGUUGUGUCUUCUAUUAAAGCGAUGAAGCCUAAGAUUAUUACAAUCGUUGAACAGGAAGCUAAUCACAACAGUCCCGUUUUUCUUGAUCGGUUCACUGAAGCUUUGCAUUAUUACUCGAGUUUGUUUGACUCGUUGGAAGGUUCUUCUGUGGCCCCGGCGAGUCAAGAUUUGGUGAUGUCCGAGGUGUAUUUAGGGAGACAAAUUUGCAAUGUUGUGGCUUGCGAAGGUUCUGAUAGAACAGAGAGACACGAGACGUUGACUCAGUGGCGAACUCGGUUGACAUCGUCCGGGUUUGACCCGGUUCAUCUGGGUUCGAAUGCGUUUAAACAGGCGAGUAUGCUGUUGGCGUUGUUUGCGGGUGGCGACGGAUACAGAGUGGAGGAGAACAACGGUUGUUUAAUGCUUGGGUGGCAUACGCGGUCGCUCAUCACCACCUCGGCGUGGCAACUGGCUUCUAGUGAGUCGUAAUAGUGAGUUAAGUCCAACUCAAAUCAGUAGGUUGGUGGGAAUGUGUAUUGUUGUUUAGUAAAAACUGAGUUGAGGAUGCGAGUGAGUGAGAAUCGAGGAUGAAUUGAACAGAACCAAUCUAAGUGUGUAAUUUAGUUUUUUUUUUUUUUUUUUUUUUAAAUUAAAUCUUUUAGUUAAUUUUUAAAAAAACUGUUUUGAAUUAUGUUUAAUAUGGUUGGAUGGCCUCUUCAGUGUAAUUUUCCUAUGGUUUUCGAGAUGGAAUCAUGUGUAUGUAUGUUUAAUAAAAAUGGGAACCAUAGUUCUCAACAAUGAAUGGGUUUUAAUUUUCUAA